AUGGUGAACGGGACUGCGGCGGUGCUGGAACCCACAUUCACAGGGUAUGUGGCCACCACUCAGGACGCGCUGAUCUUAUUCGAGGCCUGCUUGACCGGAGUCUUGCACCAUGUCCCACGCCGCCCACACGAUCGCGAACGGAGCCACCUGGUGCGCAGCGGCAGUGUGUUUAUAUAUGAAGAGAAUUCGUCUGGAAUUAAGCGAUGGACCGACGGGGUUACUUGGAGUCCCAGCCGCAUCCUCGGGAAUUUCUUGGUCUAUCGCGAACUGGAGAAGCCAUUCCCUCCCGGAGAGAAGAAGCGCGCAAUGAAGAAGGCCAAUCGACGACCUGUCCCUGCGACCAGACCAGGCGAGCCCUAUCCUCGACACGACAGUAACGGCUCGGGUUAUUCUCCCACGUCGACCUCCGGGGCAUUCGGCGAACGACCGCACCAGUCGGAGGUGGAGCGCGCUUUGGUCGGAUCCCUGGUGGACUCGUACGGGUUCAAGGACUCGGGCCUUGUGAAAAAGACCAUGAGCGUCACCGUUAUGGGCGUCACGCAUCAUCUGGUGUCAUACUACAGUGUGGACGACGUGAUGCGGGGCGUUUUGAACCCGCCGUCGAUGGUCGACUCGCUGCGCUACAUCCGACCCCGAGUGGAACUCACACAGAAACAAAGCUUCCGCGCGCCCAUCGAUGAUCUGGAAACCAGUGCCCUGGAGAACCCGCAUGAUCCCUCCCAUGCCGCCUUGUACGGUUAUCGCCCGCCGCAGAUGAUGGCGCCUCCGGGAUACGGCAUGCCCAACCCCUCCGCGGACUUCUAUAUGCACGCGGGCCCGUACACAGCAACUCAUGCACCUCAAACAGGUCCUAUUCCUGGGUACUCCCUCGGUGGGUCGAUGCCGGGUCAACCUGCGCCAAAUCCCUAUCUCCCUUCUCCCGCCGCCGCGCCCCCUAUGGGUGGGCCCAAGCCCGAGGACUACCACUCCUUCCGUGCCGGUCCUUUUGGUGGCAGCAUGGACAGCAUGAGCCAUAGUGCACUGUCCUCUUCAAUUCCAGGGGGCCUCGGCAAUACGAUUCCCAGCUCUAUCAGCGAGCGCAACCGUUCCAGCUCCGAUCAUAGCCAAUCCGCCUACCGCAACUCCUCCAUCUCCUCCCGCAGCGUCGCAACAGAUGCCACUUCGCCGAUGGACCCUUCCACCCCGGCCACUUACUCCCGAGGCAGUUUCAGUCUUUCUGGCCAGAUUGAUGUCAGCAACCCUAACACUCCUCUCGAAUCUCGCGGCAUGGCCCCGCUUGACCCCACUGUCCCGCGCCGCGAAUCCAACCCCAUCCACCCAUCCUACUACAACCCCGCCGCGGACCGAUCCCAGUACUACGUCGGUGCAGCAACUCCAGUGAAUCACUCGCACUAUGCGGCAGCGCAACCCCUGUCAACCUGGACGACCACCGCCCCGGCACAGCCGCAAAUCUAA